CUCGAACAGAAGGCAUUCAUACACAGGCAAACGUGUUUCAGUACGGCAUAUUUAUGAAAAUGGCGUUUAUAUCGUUGAUGUUCAUUGUACUUUGUUGGUCAGACGUGUCUGAAACAACAGAGCCCGCGUGUUCCUCUUUCAACUACGAGGAGAAAUUAUUGGAAAAGAUGGUUAGAAAUGAAUUUAAAAUGGAGCAGGCAUUAAAACGUAUUGAUGAUGUUGAAGGACUUGUGAUCAGACAGAACCGAACAAUUCAAGGCGCCAUUGGUACUUUGAAAGAAAUCGAAGCAAGACUUGAUUCUAAAUUGUCGAUGUCCAAAACUGGAGCAACGUUUAUUCGAUGGGGUAGACCUUCGUGUCCUCAUUCGAACAACAGUCUCGUUUACAAUGGUAUUGCUGCGGGCACUCAUUAUUCUAUCAGCGGAGGGGGAGCAGAAUAUCAGUGUCUACCUGCUGAUCCUGAACUGGAGACUGUUGUCACAAGAGCCGACUAUACAAGCAACAUAUACGGGUCCGAAUAUCAGACUCACGGAGCAACAGCUUUAUCUUCAUUGGCUGACCAUGAAGUACCCUGCGCUGUUUGUUUUACAAACGCUACAACAACCAUUAUGAUUCCAGCAAGGAAAACCUGUUACAGUGGAUGGAAACUCGAGUACCAAGGUUUUCUGAUGGCUGAGCGCGACAUUCAUGCUACCAACAAGCAAUACGUGUGUGUUGACAAGGAUGCCGAGUCAGCCCAAGGAAGUAAUCCAGCAGAUACUGAUGGCGCUCUGUUCCAAUUUGUAUUCCCGACGUGUGGAACAUUAAAAUGUCCUCCUUACAACAGCGCAUCUGCACUUGCAUGCGUUGUUUGUUCCAAAAUUUAGGGCAAUCAUGAUGUCAAAACAUUAUAAAUAUUUGUUUAUCAUCGAAAUAGUGCCAGUACGUGAUUCUGACUUAAAAACAUUUUAGAAACAAUUAUCUGGCAUUGUUUGUGCGUUGGAACAGUAACAAACGUUAAUUAGAGUGUAUUACUAUGAACGAAACAAAAUGCUUCAUAUUCGUAUGUAAUGUAAUAAUCAAUUAUAUAUAUUUUACCUGAGCGAUCAAAUAAGCUAAGUUGACUGUGAUUUUUAAACUGAUUGAACAAAUUUUCAAAUUUUUAGUAUAAAUAACGUGGUAAUAAACCUUUUGCUCAAUCAGUCGUUAAUAUGUUUUUAUAUAUUAUAUGCAUGUUCUACCAAGCUUUACACGUACAGCAAUUCGUCGUAUGCUGAUUAAAUGCCAUUCUUGUAAUUACACAAUGUUGUCUUUUUUGGUAACAACACUGCGAUGACUUCUUACAUAUGAUCGAUAUGACGGUUUUUCAUAAAAUCUGUUAACCGCUGUAGAUCCUACCACACCUGUUUGGCUUAAACCGAGGACAGGAGGUGAACGCACGACGUACAAUUACGACUUAUUUAGGUAAAAACUUUUUUUUUCGGUGAGCUCAGUAAGCCAUAUUACAAAUACAAACAAUAUCACACUACUUUCUUAAGUUCCCUUACAGCUGUUACAUUUAUUUUUUCAGAAUUCUUUAUUUUUUUACUUUAAGAGAAAGAUGAUAACCAACAUGUUGUGUAUUUAAAGGAGCAGUUCAUCUUUGUAGAUUUCUUUUUCUAAUUGUACGCAUGGAAAGCUACCUGUUAUUGUACUACUAAGACAGAUAUAGCCCGGGGGCAAACAAACAUCGUUGUUUGUUAGUGUUCACUGAUUUCACGUUCAAUGUGGCGUCUUAAAUUACCACUGUGGUAUAGGGUCGAAUUUGACUUGUAACCUUUCACCACUUAGAUACCUAUUUUUACAUGUUUGUAGUCCCUUAGAAAGCUAUAUUUAAUUAAAUAAAUUCAAGUUUUUAGGCUUCAUCUCCAUACCUUAGAUACUGAUGAGCAGCAAACAGCAUAAAACCUGAACAGAAUGCCAGUUACUCACAGGCUGUUCUGGUUUUAUGCGUGUACACAUAGAUAUUUUCACUUUUUAUAUUGAAUAUAAAUAAUUUGAUUUGUUGAUUCAAAAUUCACCAAAAAUUAAAAUUUCAUACUACAUUAAUUGUGAUGUGACUUCAAAUUUUGCAACAGAGUAUAAGAAUGGCGUAAGUUGUCAAAACAGUUUUUCACUUGAUUAUAAUGCUUUAAAAUGUUGAAGAAUCAUCUUUAAAAAAAAACAAGAGGAAAGUUUUCACUAAGAAAGUGAGGAAUUUAAUUCGACUUAUUAAAAGUGCAAAGCCAUUUUUAUUGACUUAUCUCAUUGUAUAGUCCAAUUAUUCAUAAGCACCUGACAAGGAAAGUAUAUUUCAUUGUAUAGUCCAACUAUUCAUAAGCACCGGACAAGGAAAGAAUAUUUACAACAACAAUUAACGCAACUCCCAUUGUGUGUGCUACAUACAUAUAUGUACUGGUACAUUGGCCGGUACAAUAAAACUGGGCGAAAUAAUGCAAAAUUAUAUUUUGCUGCAGCAAUACUGUAUGGUGUCAAAAACUAAUGCUAUUUACAAGGAGUAUAAAGGGGAUGUUAAAUGUCUAUGACCGACUAGUCUGAAACGGGUAAUUUAACCUUAAGAGUUUGUACAAUUCACAAUUUCCUGGCAGCUAGUCUUCGGACAACUACAAUAUUGAUCUAAUAAUAUUUUGAUGACAUGUUUUAAAUUUUAUCUUUAUCGCCUGAGGGAUGUGAAAGUAGAUUACCACAAACAAAUCCUGUGAAGAGUGACCGACCAAGUGACUUCAAUAAACAUCCUUUAAAUCUUUGCUUUCAGAGGUGUAACUAAACAGGAAACCAAUUCAUUUCAAACUAGAGUGUUUUACAUUAAAAGAAAAUAAAAAGAUGCAAAUA